UUUUUGCCCAGGCGACCUCUGUGACGUCCCCCGGAACGUGUGUCCAAUAUCGGGACACGCAUGCGCAGUUGGGUCAAUCUGCACGCCUCUCUCGCAAGGAUACCGGUGCCAGUGUCAGCUGGGAAAAAUGGGAAGCCACUGCGAGCUCAGUUACCAGAUGGAAACUCCUCGCUUCCACGAGAACAACUCGUUCCUGGCUCUGGCGGCGCCGGACAUGAGACGGAGGAGCAAGCUGCGGUUUCGGCUGAGGGCCGAGGGCCCCGACGGACUCGUCCUCAGGGUCGCUCGGCAAGACGGGUCCUCGGCGUCCGACUACGCAGCCCUCGUUCUCAGUGGCGGUUACCUCACCUUCACCUUCAACCUGGGCACGGGCCCGGGAACGGACACGGUGAUACGGUCCCAUCGAAGGCUGAACAUCGGACACUGGGAGGUCGUGGAAGCAGGCAGGAAAGACCGGGAUGGUUACCUGAUUGUGGGCGGAGUCAGCACUUCUGGACAAGCGUCCAGGGGAAUGGUGGCUCUGGACACGGAUACUCCCAUUUUCUUAGGCAAGAUGACGCGUUCGUUACUUAACACUCAAUUUGCGAAGACAUGUCAAACAUUAAAAAAGAUGUAUAAGCUCAUUUAA